AUGGCAGUGCCUUGGCUGCUAAUAUGUCACAGCUUAGCCACUUUAAUAGUCAUAAUCUCCUUCCUCUGUGGCCAAUGGCCAAUCUUUCAAGGCACCCCAAUUGAACGUCUUCAUUACUUCAUCACUUACGGCGCCUACGAUUACUUCCUGAGGUUUGUGGGGUUCGUGUUUGGUGAUAAGGCGAGGAAUUUGGUGCUUUCUAUUGAACGUUGUUGUUGUGAUCGGCCUAAUCCUGUUUUGCAGAUUAUGUACUUGGCGAUAAUUGGGGGAACUUAUUAUUAUAUUGUAAAGUCAUCCUUUAGCUACAUUCCUGGGUAUUACUUAGGUGAAGUUCACAAAUACACAAGCUUGUUGGCAGUUGGUAUUGGAAUUGCACUCUUUUUAGUGGCUAGCUUUUCUGAUCCUGGCACUGUCAAGGCUGGAAAUGUUUCAGAAUAUAUCUUGGCAUAUCCUUAUGACAAUAUCAUAUAUACAGAGAAAGAAUGUUCUACUUGUAAAAUCCCAAAACCAGCUAGGUCCAAGCACUGCAGCAUAUGUGAUCGGUGUGUUGCCCGGUUCGACCAUCAUUGUGGUUGGAUGAAUAAUUGUAUAGGGGAGAGAAAUACCCGAUACUUCUUGGCUUUUCUCUUGUGGCAUUUCCUUCUAUGUGCAUAUGGAGCAACUGCACUUGCAUUGAUUAUUGUCGGAAGAUUGAAAGAAUUGAAAGUUGUUUAUAUUCUAACCGUUUAUUAUGGCGUUGAAAAUUCAUUCCGUAGUUUAGCUCCACAUGUUGCACAGUGGCUGUUGAGCUCGUACAACACUCAAUUACUUCUGAUGGUGUUUCUCGCCAUUGUUUCUCUAUUGUUGGCUGGAUUCUUUGGGUACCAUGCUAGCCUCUGUCUCACAAACACCACAACAAAUGAGACCUUCAAGUGGGAUGAUUACAUAAGCUGGCAAAGGAAGCUAAAUGAAGCAAGGGUUAGUGCUGCAGCACUUAAAGCAAGCAUCAGUGGGAUGAGCAGUGAAGCCAAGCGUCCAGAGAGCAAAUGCAAAUCCUUUUUCCGGAGAUCUCCCCUUGAAGAUACUCAGGUGGGUGCCAAGGAAAACAUGUAUGACAAGGGGUUCUUUCACAACCUUUUUGAGGUCAUUUUCCCGAUAUCAACAAGAGCAUCAUUUUUGCAAACGAAAUCAAAGCGUUCUUGA